AUGGAUCCUGAAACGAAGGAGCUCCUGGACGGCCACCCACUGACAGAUUUCUUCCCACUGAUUGAAGAAAAAACGUUGGGCUUCGUAUUUGAUCAUGGCGAUGCCGACAAGAACAUCAACUGCAUCAACAAUAUCGCUGUAUCACUUCCUUGGUGGGUGUGGCCGACGAAAGCAUCUCGCUCCAAGUCCUAUAAACUGGGUCGACUGUUUGGAGUCACAGUGAACAGAACCGUGGUGUUCAUGUUGAUUCAGUGUGUUUGGACAUUGAUCAUAAUAUUUCUCUACGAUUUAUACCUCUCACUUUUCCUCGGAGAUUCCGCAAAACAUUCUGCAGUUUGCAAGACAGAGUUGACGUGGUCGGCGAUAAAUGGUCCUAGGGUUAGGAAAUGCCCACCCAUUCACCAAAACACCCCACCAGCAACCACUGCCUGCUGUCCCCCGGUGAAGCAUGGAAACUUCAACAACUUCACUCCGGCCUCCUAUGCUGCUGCACGCAGCCCGCUUACCUUGGCAACGCUUCCGCCAGAGAUUCUGAUGGGCAUCGUCGAGUGUCUCAUUCCAACUCCGCCUGAAAUCGGCGAGACAGGCCCUGUCGCCCUCGCGCAGAUGUUUGAAGGCGAGCCAUGGUAUGAGUUCAUUCUGUGCCGUCGCGCCCUCGCCAGUCUCUGCCUCGUCACGAGGACCUUUCGUGAAAUGGCUCACCCCCUCCUCUACCGCGUCAUCGCCAUCACCAACCCACGAACCAUGCUCCUUCUUUUCCGCACCCUGGCUGAGUUUCCACACUACGGAUUACACACCCGCUUUCUCUCAUGUCACAUCACGCUGACCCGCAACAAUGUCAUCCGCGGGGUGAAAGAAGCGAUGCAUGAGCAGCUCGGCAGGUUCAAGCCAUCCGACGCCCCCGGAGUCAUUGCCCAGUACGUCCGCAACUCAAUCAUACAGGCAGGUUCAGUUUGCAGUCACUGGAUGCAGCCUUACUAUGACGGUCUGCCUCAAAACAUCUUCUCCAUGGUGCUCGCCAGCUGCAAGAGGGUAGAGACGCUCCUCCUAGAGGUCCCCAUCUGUGACGAGGACGGCGAUUACAACAUCCUGUUUCACAAAAUGCACGGCGACUUACAUGAGUUCGACCUGGCUCGCGACCCUAGCGUGAAAAAUGAAGAGCGCCCUUACCAACACAUUCAUACCCUCCUCUUGCAGGGUGACACCGAAAUGAUCAAGCACCUCGAGAUCGACGAGUGUGACUGCGACAUCCCAGACAACUACGGCGUCAAAUGCAACACCUACUUUCCCCUGUUUGCGGCUCUGCCCAAGCUCGCCACGGUCGAAGUCACCUGCGACAGCGGCGACUGGACCAACCCCAUCGUCAACCUCAACCAAAACAUCAUGGCCAGGCUUCAUGCCAUACAUCCUGGCUCUACCCAGUUUUACAAGACAAUGGCCUCCCUCCCUCCAGACUACCCUUACCUCGGCGGCAUCAAGCACAUCUACCUCCACAACAGCAUGGUAAUGCCUCACCAUCUUCACUACCUGUUGAAGUUCGCCCCUUACCUGGAGACACUGUACGUAACCCCUCGCCGGAUCGAAGACGACGGGCCGGUAAGGUGGCCCCGCGUUCACGGCCCAGAGGAGGAAGACCACGAGUCGCUCAACCUGGGCUUGCAACAAUACGGCAAGAAGCACCUCAAGAACCUCGAUGUCGGGUGGACGAGCCUCAAGAACAUGGAGAAGCUUGUCGGCCCAGAAGGGAGGAUCAUUUGCCUGCCCGAGCUUAAAAACCUGGAGAAGCUGUGCAUUCAGCUCGAGACGCUGUACGGAAACAUGAAAAACGCGGCUGUUCUCCCUCUCCUGUCACUGCUCCCACCCAAUUUGAUGGAGCUGACGAUUGAGGACUGGUGGUGGCGGUAUGAGAAGCUGUACUUUGACAUGAAGAUGUGGAAGUCGAAAAAGAAGGUGGAGCAUUACACCCGGGAAAAGGCGUAUCGUCAGGCGGCGGUGGAGAUGCUGAUGAGGUUUGCAAAGUCGCUUGAUGUGACGACCAACCGGCUGAAGAAGGUGAUGCUGGUGUGCAAGAUUCCGUGGACGUGGGUGCUGGAGGGGGCGGUGGAGGCUGAUGAGCACUUUAUGGGGGUGAAGCUCGCGUUUGAGGAGAAGGGGGUGGUGUUUGAGGUGGAUUGUGACGAGCUCGAGGAGGAGGAGAAGCGGCCAAAGAGGGAUGUUCCGGUGUAUCAGCCUUGCCCGAGGCCUAACGCGCCAGAGUAUGAUGAGUUUGACGAGUUUGAUGAGUAUCCGUAUGAUGAUUACCCGUACUAG